GUCAGCGGGGCUCCGUCCCGAGAACAACAUAAUGGUUUGGAACGCGGUCAUUUUCGGGCCUGAAGGGACCCCAUUUGAGGAUGGAACAUUUAAGCUUACAAUAGAAUUCACCGAAGAAUAUCCAAAUAAGCCACCUACGGUUAGAUUUGUCUCUAAGAUGUUUCAUCCAAAUGUCUAUGCAGAUGGUAGUAUAUGUCUGGACAUACUUCAGAACCGCUGGAGUCCAACCUAUGAUGUGUCUUCCAUUUUAACAUCCAUACAGUCUCUAUUGGAUGAACCCAAUCCCAAUAGUCCAGCAAACAGCCAGGCUGCUCAGCUGUACCAGGAGAACAAGCGGGAAUAUGAGAAACGUGUUUCUGCAAUAGUAGAACAGAGCUGGCGUGACUGUUGACCCGGGUGCAGCAAAAGAAGAGGCCGGUCAUAAGAAAAAUAUAUAUUGAUGUGUUUGUCACCUUCCUAUUCCUCAGUGUCAUUACAUUACUUUAUUAAAAGCAAAAUAGCUGUC